AUGCUGUUGGCCGACAAGCCAAUCCUCAGAUCGCAGCUGUGUUGCAGCAUUCCCUGCGUUGUCUACGGUCGCUCCGAGCCGAUUUGUGGCCACGGCAUCAACCAUCAAUCGCUGCAGAUUUCCAGGAGUGCUGCCGGCGUAGCAGCUUUCGUAUUCAGCUUGCGGCGCCGGCAGGCCAGCGUUGUGCAGAGAAGAGCCGCCCAAGGCAGCGGAGGCCAAAGUUCUUCCGCGUGCGUGGUGGUAUGUGGCAUUCCUGGCUCUGGCAAAAGCACGCUCUGCCGUUUGCUGUGUGCUGCAAUUGAAGACAGCGUAUGGCAUAAUCAGGACCACUUUCCUGCUGGCCCGACAGCGAAAGUUCACUUCUUGAGGGGUGUGCAGAGCAGCCUGGAUACCGCUGCCCAUUCCGAUCGUCCGGGAUUGGUCUGCAUAGACAAGGUGAAUGUUCAGAAGGUGCACCGAGACGGAUUUUGGCAACAAGCUGAAGCAGUUGGCUGGAAGGAGAAGGGCGGCAUCACCAUCUUUUGUGAGCUGACUUCGAUAGACGAUCUCCUGAAGCAUUGUCAGUCACGCAUCGAACAGCGUGGCGCAGCCCACAACUCGCUACACCCUUCGCCGAAAUUGCCAGCGAUACUGCGCAGGCAACAGCUCAGUUGGGAACCGCUAGAUGAAGGCGAGUUAGCUCGCUUUGAUGCCCAUGUCGAAAUUGAUGUGGGCGUCCAGGCGGUGGAUAAGGCCAUGAAGGUCAUCACAGCGCUUCGUCGCCUGGGUUGGUCUCCAAGAUUGCGGUCACUUGCCAGCGCGAAUCCAGAAUCUGACGAGGCUGAUUGUCCGAUGCCCGUCAUGCCCUGGGUGUUGCUGUACCCCCUGCAAACACACCGCAGCAUCUGCCCAGGUAAUGUCAGCAGGGAGCGUAAGUCUUUGUAG